AUGACUAAUGGAAAGGAGGAGAUAUUCAAGGAGAAAAGAGAGGUAGACGAUGAGAAUUUAACGUUGACAUUAAGAGGACUUGAGGGUCACGUGAUGGAGCAGCUCAAGGUGUGUGAUGUCAUCUACCAAUUCAUCCCCAAAUCCGAGGAUAGCUGCGCCUGCAAAAUCACUAUAAUAUGGGAGAAGCGCAACGAUGAGUCCCCUGAACCAAGCACCUACAUGAAAUUCGUCAAGAGCAUGGUUACUGACAUGGACCACCACGUCAACAAAGCUUAA